AGCCAGGAGCCAUUUUGCCGAGCCCAGACAAUGGAGGAAUGGAGAACCUUCGUUUCUGUGAGACUGUGACACUCGAUCAUUAGUGUUUAGCAACCUAAUACGCUUCUAUAAUAAUCUAUCUUCAACUGUCAUCCUUACUAGAAUUAUUUAUAAAUCGUGCCUUGUCAAUUUAGUGGAUCAGCGUCCCUUGCAUCGUCGAAAUCCCCAUCCCUCUAACAUUUCCCCUAGUCCAGUCUCACCCAACGUGUACCGUGUUCGUGCCAAAAAAAAGCAACUCCAAUUUCUUGUUUUGUGCGAAUCAACCGCGUUAAUAAUUACACAAAUGUCAGAGUCAGAUUUAUUAGCUUCCGACCAAAUUGACGGUCUUGAUGGACUUGAAAACGGUCAGGAUGGUGACUCCAUUAUGCAGUCAGACGGAGUCAAACGGGAAUUCAACGAGUCGAAUAUAGAUGAUCCUGAGCUAGAAGCUAUCAAAGCACGAGUGAGAGAAAUGGAAGAGGAAGCUGAAAAAUUAAAACAAUUGCAGUCUGAGGUGGAUAAGCAAAUGAAUAUGGGGAGUCCUCCAGGAAUCACUAGUCCGUUGAAUAUGUCGAUUGAGGAUAAAAUGGAAGUAGACAAUAGGUCGAUUUAUGUUGGCAAUGUCGAUUAUGGCGCAACAGCUGAGGAAUUGGAGCAACACUUCCACGGAUGUGGCAGUGUAAACAGAGUGACGAUACUUUGUAAUAAAUUUGAUGGGCAUCCAAAAGGUUUUGCUUAUAUCGAAUUCGCUGAACGUGACUCAGUGCAAACAGCGAUGGCCAUGGAUGAAUCCAUGUUUCGUGGACGUCAAAUUAAAGUCAUGCCGAAGAGAACAAAUCGACCAGGAAUGUCAAUGACAAAUCGAGGCCCUAGGGGAACCCGUGGAUACCGGGGAGUAGCACGUGGAAUGAGCCGUGGAAGCGCUUAUUUUGGUUACAGACCAAUGAGACGACCUAGGAGCUACAGACGAGGUUAUUACCUACCAUACUGACGAUUCUAGAGCCAUUGUGAACAUCGCGAAGGGUGUCAAUCCAAGAAAAAAAAUCACAUACGAUGGG